AUGCGACCGUCUGACAUGUACUGCGACAGGAUCCUCGAAGGUGCGACAGGUUGUGAACAGGUUGCGACAGCGGCCGAUUUCGCCUUUGCGGUGCGACAUCAAGCCACUUCCAUACGCCACUCAGUCUCAGCUCUCCUACCCACUCCUCAAUGCCCACAGAUUGAAGAUGCUCAAAUGUUUGGUCAGACAAUCGGAUAUGAGCAUGAUCAAGCGCUUGAUCAGUUUAAGCUUCCUUGUCCUUUGAAGCUAUAUGGUAGAUCACCUCGGAGAUGUUCAGUGGCUGGAUGUCGAGCGAAAUCGGCCGCUGUCGCAACCUGUUCACAACCUGUCGCACCUUCGAGGGUCCUGUCGCAGUACAUGUCAGACGGUCGCAUCGUCCUGUCGUCGCAAACCCGGAUGCGACGGGCUUUUGCCCACGGUGUAAAGGUAGGGCGUUGGACUUCUACACCAAGGUGGCGAUCCAAAGAUUGCGGGUUCGACCCCCGCGGGGAGUGUUUUGGCUGUUUCGGGGCUUCUCGUCCGAUGCAACUACGAAAAUGGGACAGUCGUCAUGAGAAAUGUAUCUCAGCUUCGCUUAUGCAUGAAAGGCCCGUGUUUCUUGGCAUUGCUCCUGAUGAAAAGGCAACUAUUAUACUUGGAAUGUUGAAUUCAGCAGCUAUCGAAGUGAAUGAUUAUAUAAGAAUGACUCUGCGUAUCAUUCUUUACUAUGGGCAAAGCUGUGGUUCAAAACCUGGGUCACAAUCUGAAUCUGUGUCGAUAGCAAUAUGUUCAAAAGGUUCACAUCAUGUUUUUUAUUUUGCUGAAUCUUUAUCGGGAAUCCGGGAUGGUCACAAAAUGUCAUAUAUUUUGACAAGAUAUUAUACAUCUCAUUAG